AUGUCAGGUGAUUCAUCCGCCCCUCUCGACGAGCAGUUCGCAUUUGCCGUUUCUAAGCUUCAAGCCGUGGACGAACCAUGGGAAUCACUUUCCUACCUUUCUCAGGCCCCGAACCCUCCUCCACGAACACAAUCCAUCCAACUCGAAGCCGUCGCAGAAUCAAUUGCCUCCCUCAAUCGCCUGUCCGACGCAGUCUCGAAAGCAGCGCUUCUCUCUGCGAACGAGGAACUCGACGAGAUUCCGACUCCGUCUCUCAAGUAUCUAUUGCUUCCCUAUCUUCUCGCACGCGUACAUGCACAAGUCCAGGGUGAACCGCAUGAACGUCACGCUGAGUUGGUUCAGAGCCGUCGAUACCUCUCCGAAUUUUUCGAAAAGGCGGACCGCCUGCGAAUGCUCUCUGAACGGGAGCGUGACGCCGCUCUCGAUGAUACACCCAUCCAUAGCGUCACACCGGCCGAGCGCCGCGAUGUCAAAAUCGCCCGAUUCAAAGCUGAGAAAGAGGCCACGCGGAAACUCGCAGUACUCAGGGAGAACGCAGGUGCUGCAGACGCGGAUGACGACGAAACAGAGAGAGAACUCGUCCUUACUGUUGUUCAGAACGCUGUGAGGAAAUCACUUGAUAUGUUAGACUCGACGAACCAAGAGCUGGAAGUACUUCGCUUCGCAGUACGCCAAAUUGAGAAAGGAGUGGAUCCGCGAGAGAAGGCGGAGCGCGCACGACCCAAGGGUCCACCGCCAGGACUGGGCGGACUACCGGCAACAUUCCGGAUUGUGAGUGAAAAGGAAAAGAUGAAGGAAAGUGUGUUCAGACCGAGCCACUCGUUGCCUACGUAUACGGUUGAAGAGUGGGGUCAAAUUGAGAUGGAAAGGGCAAUCAAACUCGAAAAAGAGAAGAAGGAGAAAGACAUUGUUGAAGCGAAACGAAAGGAAGAGGAAGACAGUGACGGGGAUGAGGCUGUAGAUAGGGAAACUAUGGAAAAGAGAGAGUGGGACAACUGGACUGACGAACAUAACAAGGGAUCUGGAAAUACAAUUCGAUGA